AUGAGUCUCUUCCAUGCGGAGAGUGUGCGCAUCUAUGCAGAGUCUCUGGGCCUUGCCAAUCUGUCCAACGAGGUCCUUCAACUGAUAGCACACGAUACAGAGUAUCGCCUACGAGAGCUUAUCCAGGAGUCUGCAAAGCACAUGCGCCACUCCCGAAGAAUCCGCCUUACCACGGAGGACAUCAACAUGCAAAUUUAUGGCUACGACCCUUCUGAAAUUCCCGCGUUUAAGCAUGUGCCGCAGUCUGAUAUCUUUUACCUCAAAGAUAAAGAGAUUGAUUUUGAUACCCUUCUGACGGCCGCGCUUCCAAAGCUUCCCUGCUCAAUGAAGCUCUCCUGCCAUUGGCUCGCUAUUGAAGGAGUCCAGCCCCAAAUUCCAGAAAAUCCACUUCUUCCUCUUUCAACAGCGUCGUCCAUGGAACACGGCUCCCCAACUGCUUCGACGCCUCCGUCCUCGGCACAGCUGCAAUCGAAACCACAGCCACAGGUCAAGCAUCACCUCUCAAAAGAACAUCAACUUUAUUUUGAGACAAUCACAAGCUGCCUUCUUUCAAAAGAUUCCUCCACCGUGAUAACCGCGCUCAAUUCCUUGCGUACAGACGCAGGCAUCCAGCAGCUGCUGCCCUACUUUGUGCAAUUCAUUGCCGAAAUGCUGCAUCAAGUAAUGCCAACUGUGCUUACGCUCGUGGUGGGCCAGCGCCUUUCAGAGGGAUCCCUAGAGGACCAUUGGUCGCUAAGAGAUGCUGCCGCAUCUCUCCUCAUUCUGAUUUGCCAGAAAUACGGAGAUGCCUACGCCCAAUUACAGCCUCGAGUCCUGAAAACGCUCCUCAAGGCCAUCUGUGAUCCUACAAAAGGAUUCCCCUCAAAAUACGGGGCCAUCAUGGCCUUUUCUCUUCUGGGCCCAGAUACCAUUGAGGCUUUCAUCAUCCCCAAUAUCAAAGAAAUAUUGGAGGAGGGCUCGUCCCCAUCAGAAAUGGCAGGCGGCAUAGAAAAAGAAAAAUUGGAGCAUGCCCUGCUCGCCGCCAUCGGAAAAUGGCUCAAGAAAAAUCCGGACCAACAGGGAAAACCUCACGCUGAGGCGCUGUGGGAGUGUUUUGGAGAGAAGCUGCUCCCAUUUCUUCCAUCAGUCUGUGAAUCAAUCGCUCAACCGCAUCCAAAAUAA